AUGGAGUGUCUCAACCUGCUGCACAUGGACAUGGAUCAACAUUCGAUCUCAACUCUCAACCUCCAAUCCACUCAACAAGAAGAACAACAAGUGAAGACAAUAUCGAUGGAAACCUCAUUAUUGGAUCUUCAAUAUCUCAACAACAAUAAAGAAGAAGAUGAACAAGAUCAUCAGCGGCAGCUUCCUUGUGAGAUUGUAGAGCAAAUCCUGUUGCAGCUGCCGGUGAAGUCGCUGCUUCGCUUCAGAUGCGUAUGCAAGCCAUGGCUUGCUCUCAUCUCCGACCCAAAAUUCAUCAAGUCACACCUCCACAACCACUCUACAAAACAAGAUGAGGGCGAUGAUGAUGGUAAAACUAGAUCAUCAAAAGCACUAGUCAUGCUCUCCUCCUCCUUGCCCCUCCUUAAGUCAGUACAUGUACAAGUACUCGAUACUAGAAUUGAAGCCAGAUCAGCAGAGGCAGAUGCAGCUGGAGCAGCUCGCACAACUAGUACUAGAGUAGUAGUCGUGGAGGAGGUACAUGAGUCACUGAUGAGGCACCAGGCAGUUCAAGACAUGAAGAUUGUUGGAUCCUGUAAUGGCCUCCUAUGUUUGCUGCUUGACUCUCAAGAUAUGAUGAUUUAUAAUCCAUCCACCAGGCAACUUCAAUCAGUACCCUCUCCACCUCCACCGCCAACCAAUAAUUAUUAUUCGGGUAAGGACUACUUCUAUGGCUUUGGCUAUGAUUCCUGCAACGACGAUUACAAAAUCGUGAGGGCCUCUUGUUCCAGUAGGAAUGGCAAUUUUGCCACCCACCUCGACAUGUUUAAUUUGAACACCAAUUCGUGGAGAGCUGCCAUCAAAACCCUCCCUUGUUACUUUCUGUCUAAUGUGGUGGGCACCCUAUUGAACGGGGCUCUCCACUGGGUCGUCCGGCUUGCUGCUGCUGAGAGGCCUUUCUCAAUCGUUUCUUUUGAUGUAACGGAGGAGACGUACCGAUACGUGCCCCUGCCAGGCGAGGGCGACAAGAACUUCUCCUUCUAUGGUUUGGGGGUUUUGGGAGGAUGCCUGAGUAUGCUUCACAGCCCCCAUGGCUCGGAUUAUGAGGUGUGGUUGAUGAAUGAAUACGGGGUGAAGGCGUCUUGGACUAUUUUCACAACCAUUCCACAGAAGAUGGAGUCUGAAUACCUGGGAUUGAUGUCGCUUGUGCGUAUCUUAAACAACGGUGAAAUUGUCAUCCUGUUGCAUCAAAGGAAGCUAGUCAUCUACAAUCCGGGGCACAGAACACUUCGAACCAUACUCUCUGGGGAUAUUCAUUCUUCUCAACUGGCUUUAUACCUGGAGACUCUAGUUUCGCCCUCUGCUGCUCCCACCGUCACAACAUACUCAUCAUCAAUCACUCCACUCAAUCAAGCUAAAGCUAGCCCCUGA